AUUGUUUUAAUAAUUCACAAAAAUUGUGUCUUGUUUUUAUAAAGAUUUAAGCUUAACUUAUAUGUUUUGUUUGAUGUAAGAAUCAGUUAUAUAUAAAAUUGUUACACUUAGCAAUGAAACGAUGGGUUUCUCCAAAGAUAUUUUGUAGGUAUUUUAAUUAAUUUCGGAGCACAGCAAUUUAACGUGUUGAUCACAAACAGAGAGCAAGUUGACCAUACAUACUACAAAAGGUGCGAAAUUACCAUAAACUAAUAUUUUAUCAAAAAUAAAUAAAAAUAAUUGUUUAUUGAAUUUUGCAUUGCCACUGACCACCACUUAUGAUUUGCAACCAAAUAAUGUAAAUCAUCAGGGUUCCUCCUUAUUUAAUAUAAUUUUUUGUAUGGCUUCGCAGACUGCUUCGGGUGCCUCCAGGGACCACCAGUUAAGAACCACUGAUCUAACAUCUAAAAGUGCUAUUAGUUACAGCUGCAUGGGCUGCCUGCAUCUACAGCAAAGAUUGGAAUAGCAUCUUAAACAUCAAAAUAUGAUUAAGAUCAGUCUUCCGAGACCUUGUUACCCCAAAGUUUUAUUUCAUCAUCACUUGCUGUUAGCAAGUAACUCUCAGUCGGAUGGUGGCUCAAUGAAAUCACAGGCCUAUUUCUACUGUGCACCAAUUUACUUGUGCACUGGCUGCUUAUUAGAUCCCAAAACAAGAUCUCUCCAGUUGCAGACCCAGACAUAAUGUGGCUGUCUUUCUCAUUGACGGCAUUUUCAAGCAUGAAAUCUUUGCACUCAUGUCCUGUAAAAGUAUUAAGUAUCUCACCUGAAUCUUUGUCAAAUAAUUUCACAGUACCGUCGACGCAACUUAAAACAUAACACUGCCCAUCAUGGGUCAAAUUUCCGAAGGUCACUAUCUGACCUAUUAAGUCUGAUAGCAUCUUACCCACUCUUAUGUCAUAUAAACGAACAUGGCAGUCGACGGAACACGUCAAUAUUUCAUGAUCAGUUACUUGAAUGGAGGUUAUUGUGUCUUUGGCAUCUUUUAAUACUUGCACUGGCUCCUGCCUGCGGCUGACAAUGUCCCAGAAAGCUACAGUGUUGUCUACGGACCCCGAUACAGCCAUACUCGACUCCUCAUUGAACUUGAUGCAGGUGACUGAACUAGCAUGACCUCGGUACCUACGUAUUGGCUGCCCGGUGGUAACAUCCCACAGAAUGACGGAUUUAUCGCUGCUGCACGAUAUUAUGUGACUGCUAUCACAAGAUCCGGCUGCGUCCAGAACCUCGUUCGCGUGACCACCUUAUAUUUAGUUUCAAUAUGGGUUCUAAAGCACCGUCCAAGUUGAAGUUGCGGCGACCUACGUACAAAUGCGAUGCGUGUGCGAAGAAAUUCCUCAGUGCUCAAGCAUUGAAGACCCAUCAAUAUUGCGUGCAUAAAAUUACAGGAAACUCGAGGCCCGUCAGAGGAAAGGCUAAAGUGAUGAAUAUGCUUGGUAAAACUAAUAAGAAUCAGAAGCUUAUCACAACCAAGGCUGUAAAAGAAACGAAGGCACCUGUUGUUCAACAACAGACUGUACAACUCGCUCCUUUGACGCCAGAGCGUGAUGUGACCAAUACCACACCACCUGCGGCACCUCGUAGGAUAGAAUUCGAGUGCCCGCAGUGUUUGAAAAUGUUCGACGCUUAUUCAUCAGCCUUCAAACAUAUUCAGAAAGUUCAUAGCAUCAAUUACAAAGGGCAAAAAAUCGCACCCAAUUCACCAGAUAUGAUAAAGCCAUUUUGCGUAGGAUUCUGUACGAAAUGUAAACGACGUUUACGUUCCAACGAGUCGCACAAUUGUAAUGAAGAGUUGUUUGACAAAAGCAUUGACUCCUCUCAUUAUGAAUGCACGGCCUGCAAACAGAAAUUUGGGUCCAUCCAGUUGUUUGACUUGCACAUAUCUGGAUUGCAUAGCGACAGCAUCGAAAGCAUGUUCUUCCCAACGAUGAGAGAGUUUCUCAGCUGGAAGGCCGAAAUGGAAUCUGCAACCAAACUCAAAUUCAUGGACGGCAGCAAAGGUACAUCGAGGCAGACGUAUAACUGUACAUUCUUUCUCGGAGCUCAAAGGGGCAAUACGGACGGUGUUUCGCGCCUUUGCCCGUCUUGCAUAAUCGUUCGGGAGUACUCCAAAGGGAUACAAGUACAUUUCUAUAAACAGCAUUAUGGACACCGAAGUCCAGAGUACACCAUAUCGGAAAAAUUCAAUCCAUACGUGAUCACAUCUCUCAUGGAUCAAAAUCCAAAGACUCAACUCGAUGUCAUCGAUAUGUCCGACGACACCGAUCUCUAUGUCCAAUUCAAAACUUUACUGGACAACAUAGUACUGGACGCGGCGAAAUUGAAAAUCAAUCAUCUCAAAGUGUUAAUUGGCAAAGCUUUGGAAAUGUCGACAGUAUUAAAACAGUACACUAACGAAGAAGACUUCGAUGAAUGCCAGAAGCCGACACCACCGCAGAAGACUAUGACUGAUGCACAAAUAAGUUCAGCUCUCGAGACGUACACGAGAGAUUUGAAGAGAAGGAAAUUAUCUCUCGAUGAACCACCAAAUAAUCUUAAGAAGGUUCCUAUAGUGACUGCGACGAAACUGGAUAGUUCCAAAUAUGAUCUUAACACUAAAUUAGAAACGCCCAAAGGAAUUCCAAUGACACCAAUAAAAACUUAUGGGAAUAGGACCAAACGAAGCAAAACACCAAUUAUACUUAACACAUAUUCCUUGGCAGAAGAAAAGCCAGAGGAAAAGUGUUUGCCGGUGAAAAGCAAACCGGUUACUCCCAUAGUUAAAGAAGUUGAUCCUAUACCACCAAAAGGAAACCCGACGUCAACUAUUAUGCUUCCUUCGCAACUAAGCACCUUUAACGAUUCCUACAAAGAGUUUGUCGAUAAAAACUUUGUAGUCAAACAAGACAAAAAUAAUGUACCAGACAUGCCUCAACAGUCGCACACAAUAGAAAAAAUUAAAGUACUCAGUAAAAACGACAUUAAUGAGAAACUUGAAAAUAAAAUAGCUAUAGACAUGAAAACAAAUAAUAACCACAUCGGAAAAAAUAAUAGAAUUGAAACAAAUCUUAAUAGUAGCGCAAUUUCAAAAAAUAUCAACGCAGUCAAAGUGACGAAGACGAGCAAUGCUAAAACUAGAGCUAAUGUUAAUAAAAAUAAGUUAAAUAGUAAAGUUAAAAUUAUUUCCAAUAAGAAAGUUAGGAUAGAUAAUAAAAAGAAAAUUAUGAAAACUAAAAUCGGUCAGUUCAGACCGAGCUUAUCACCUAAGAAGCCUGAAAGGAUCAAAGUAAGCUUAUCACCUAAGAAGCCUGAAAGAAUCAAAGUAUCAAGAACGAGCUUGAACACCAGUAAAUCUAAAGCCGAUUUUGAAUAUGAAGUGAAAGAGCAGGAGAACGAUUGUAAUAUAUUAAUUUUAAAGAUUUGAAAUUGCCCAAUUUAUUAUAAUAAGUUUGACAUAUUUGGGAAUAUUAAUUGGGUUAGAAAUUUCCCUUUUACAAUGAUGUGUAGAAUGCUAUGCUAUGGUAUGGAAAUGAGGUGAGACAUGAAGAUUUUCAAUAGAUGAUGCCACUGAAGCAAUAAGAUGAAACCUACAGUGUGCUUUUAAAAAAUUAUAGUGUUCAUUAUUAAUAAAUAACAGCGAAGCAAGCAAUUGGUCGGUUAGAAUACGAACUUAUUUUAAGAGGCUAAAUUUAAAAAUUGGUUUAAAAUAAUAAUCAAACAUAAUACUUUUCGUUCUUAAUAAACAGAUUUAUGGAAUAGCUGUUUAGUGUUGUGACAAAGUUCUGGAUUUUCGAGCACUAUGUUAAUAAUAUUGUUAUAAAAUCAAAAACUUGAAAGUUUCACAAAUGAGGACUAUCCCUCGCGCUUGGAUAGCGUGAGGUCUCCGAAAUAUCAUUGCUUGUGGGUUGAAUAUGCGGGUUUAUUUGUGUGUGUGAUCGCGCCAUGAAACAAAUAUGCCCUGAUUUAUAGGCCUCUGUUUUAAGUGAAAAAAGUAUUGUCCAAACUCAAUGUGAAGUGCAGAAUUAUAUCGGAAAUGAAAUCAUUGAUAUCUGUGUAAAAAAUCAUAGUUUAUUAUAAGUUUGUAAAUUAUUGUCUAAUGUAAUAUUAAGAUUAAAGAACAGCAUCUGUAGCAUUAAAUAGAUGUAUAGUUUCAUUAUUGAUUAAGUUUGUUUUCCAACUACAGAGCAUAAUGCGACUCAGUGGCGCACAAUGCCGAAUGAUGCUGAUGCUUAAUUGGAACGUGAAUUAGUUUUCAAAUGCACCAGCAGAGUGCGCUAAGUUCAGUGUUGAAAAAAAGUCAAUGUUUGUACCUUCAUCCAUACUAUAUUUUUUUUAACACAGUUUGAAUUAACUUUGAUUAUUAAAAAAAAAACUACAAUGAAACGAAAGCUUUAAUAAUUUUUCAACAAUAAAUAAUAUUACUAACGAUAUCAUUUAAAUAAAACAUUUCGAUCAAUGCCAACUUAAACAAAAAACACUUGUUAAUUUUCUGUCACUGAGUUGGUACGAUUGCACGCAUCACACGAAAGCAUUACUUUUGAGAGUGCUCGAUUGUGCGAAGCGUUGCUGUAGUUGGAACAUUCAACGUUAAGCAUUAUGCCGCAUAAUGCGCUCUAGUGCUGUAAUUGGAAAACUACCUAAGUUUCAUUGAAUUUGGUUGGUAUUAAGUAUUAUACUUGAUUGAUGAGAUUUUUUUCUGGCAGAUUUACAUUUAAAAGUCAAUCCAAAAAGAUGAAAUCGUUACCAGUCGAAAACUUCAAACACAAUAGGAAACUGUAAUUGUUUGUAUAUACCCCGGCAAACAUCUUGAGCAGCAACCAUUGACAAAAGAGCCUGCGCAAUAGCAUUUUUGCAAUACAAAAACUUCUACUGUGCAAGUUUAAUUAUCUAUGGUUUUGCUUAAGAAUUACGUUCGAAAUCAUGGUUAGGACAGCCUAUUAAAUAUACUGUAGUCAGUUAUCAUUAUUAUUUUUUUGGCCACCUUUAUGGAAUUCUGUGCUAUAACUACUUUGUCAAUUUAAAAACUAUUUAGCUACUUGAUGACGACGAACUGAUUGUGCAACAAGGAUCAUUAUGAAUGCGGCAAAAAUUGGAACUACAGCCGCCGUCUUUGUAAAAUUCUUAAUAGGGAUUAUGCAAGUAAUUCAAAUAAGGCUCAUUUUUUUUAAUAGAAAUUCUAUUACUUUUGAAAUGUCUCUCCAUCAAUAUUUUUUAAUAUUUUUUUUAGCAAUAACAAUAAUUAUUGAAGUAUGCUUCUUUUCCCAAAAAUAGUUUUUAUUUUGAAAAUUCAAAUAUUUGAAACGCGACAAAACGGUUGUGACGUAGAGAUACAUAGCAACCAAUCAACAAGCCAGCACCAUGUUCACAGGUUAAGUUAAAAUCCAGUAGACCUGCCGACGCAUGCCGCUAACUAUUUUGACAUUUACAGUGUUCAAGAGCUGUGUGUUAGAGGAGAUCGAUGGCGCGGAUGGUCAGCGCGAUCGUUGAAGUUAAGCAACUUUCGGUUCUACUAAGUGUUCGGUCAUUGGAUGGGUGACCAAAAAUCUUCUAUCUCGUGUUCCUCCGUACUCCGGAAGGCACGUUAAGCCGUUGGUCCCGGCUGCAGCUGCAGUCGUUAGCAUCCGCCAAUCCGCACUGGGCCCGCGUGGUGGAUCAUGGCCCCAUUUCCCUAUUCCAUCCUUAGGGAAGGUCUGUGCCCCAGCAGUGGAGACAUAAAUAGGCUGAUGAGACAGUGUUUAACUGAAGGGAAAAUUGUAUAUCCUCCGAUGCUUUUCAGAACAAGUCUUAGUGGCGUUAUAUAAUGGCGGUCUUUUGCCUGAAAUAAAGAAAUUAUCAUUAUUAUAAUAAACGAAUAGUGGUGUCGAUUCUGGCAUGAUUCUUUAAACCUAAACUUAAAUUUGUCAAUCUGUGUAUCCUUGUCAUUCUCUAUACAGAAUGAAAAGAAGAGACUUAUGUUAAAUUUAGUUUUAAGUUUGGAGAAUCACGCCAGAAUCGACACCAGUGGAUCACUAAAUAGCUCGCUGAUUGUCAUUGUCCAUCUUUCAAAAGCAGUUAGCGAAUAGGCCUACUGGUACAAAUGCGUAUUGCGCGCACCUAACCUCAUACUCUAACUGUGGACUUAUUUUUUUUGUUGCUAGGUUGCUUUGAACUCUGAUGUCAUACUACAUAUUUUAAAAUGGCACCCGUGCAAAAGUGGUUAUUUUUAACAUUAUUUUUAGAAAAAAGACAAUGUUUUCGUCGUUGGACUAUAUAUUAAGGGAAUGUCAAUUUUGAAAUAAAAAUAUAAAAAUUAUUAAACAUUUAUUCCCUAUUGUACCUAUGUCAUUAACGUAGACAGUGGCGCCCUCUGUACUGUCACAUUCAUAAAGAGUCUUUUGUCGACCUGUACCCUUAGCACGAACCAAUGUCGAAUUCGAAUAGUUUGCGAGUCCGAAAUGUCAUUGUCGAAUAUGUAAUGAUUUUUAGUUCUCGUUACGUACGUUAUGGCGCUGCUGUUCAAGUUUUCAUAAAAAAAUUGAAAUAGACAUUUCAGACUCGCAAACUAUUCAAAUUCGUUGAUGGUUCGUGCUAAGGGUACUGUAGGCAUCAUUGUAAAGGUUAAAUGAAAAUUUACGCCAAUUUAACUAUAUGAACGCCAUUUCUUAUUUGCCUUUGACAAAAUAAUCUCAAAAGAUAGAUUAGCUCAGACUGUUUAAUGUAAGUAAGUGAAACCUCAAAUGGACUAUUCUGCUGGACACUAAACUUAAUUUUAAGCGGGGGUCUUCCUUAAGAUUUUAAAAGCAAUGCAAUGCAUCAAAAUUUCUAACUUUCUUGCAAGGUUUAAAAGGCACAUCUUUUUUAUAAUACUGAAACUGUCUGUCAUUAUCUUGCCUUGUUACAGCCUUAGGAAAAGAAAGAGUUAACAUACUUAUUAAUUUUAGGGAGUACCUACAACAAAUCAAAUUUAAAUUGUAAAUCGAUUUUCUGUAGCUUAUUAGUUAUAAAUAUUUUGUUAAAUAUUUUAAAGGUUAAAGAAAAUUAUGUUUGUUUAGUUUAAUGUUUGUAUUUUGAAGACAACAUAAUAUUACUAGUAUUACAAUUUAUCAUUGUGUAAUAAAUAUCACAUUGUUUUUAUGUUUCUUUAUUCAUUAAAUACGUAUUUUGUAUUGAGGUAUUUCAUCGUAUUCUUUACAAAUUCUACUUACGAAAUCUGAAAACUACUAUUUAAGGUGAACGCAGACUUGGCCGCACCGCACGCGUCGCAGUCUUCGCAUUUGAAUUCUUUAUAUGAAGUUUUAUGCAACGUCGCACCCCCCUCCCGCGUCGUAGUCGCCGCAGUCCCCGAAACGACCGAACUCCCCUAAGCCGUAGCUGAUGACGUCACCAACGCAGCAGACGCUGCGGCUAGCGCGGCGCGAAUGACGUCAUUCGCAUCAACUGAAUGAAAGAAAUCAAGUGCGGGACUUUUUGGCGGGAUCGGGAAGCGUCACUAUAGCAGUUUUGUUUUUCUUGUUAAAAAUUGUGUUGUGGCGGAUGUUAGUGUCUUAUAAUGGUGGAUUAUUAACCACUUAGUGUUCGGAAACAUGCACAAGUGUUGGCAAGUGAAACAAAAUAGCGGAAAGUGUAUUUCGACGUUCCCUCAAGAAGUCCACGGGGAGGUUCCAGUAAAUCCCCACAUAUUUACUGAAACAUAGGGAAAGGGGGAUUGACUUGACUGCCACUUACUUUGACUUGACUAAAAUUUUGACCACGACUAAAUGCACAAACCGUGCGAAGCCAUAUAGAAAAAAGAAAAAUCAAGUGCGAUGCGUGCGGCGACGGAAACGACUGCAGUGACUGCGGUGCGGAUAGAUGUGCGAGGCCAUUAACACUAAGCUAUGACUGCGGAGACUGCGGUGCAGGCAAGUCUGCGUACACCUUUACUCUUAUAUUAAAAAGUAUAACUCGUGCCAAUAAAGAAACUAAUCGAAAAUAUCUACGAAAAACAUUCUGUCUCUCUCGCACGUUACGCAGGACAGCGGCAAGGACAGAAUGUCAUAACGUCAUUUGUGUGCGAUUUUUUUUAUGUUCGCGCUAGUUAUUCUUGCGUCAAAUAAAAAAUGCUCCGACUGACACACGCUUGUUAAUAAAAAUUCGAUCGAGCUAGCGAGACAGAACUGUACCCCUAACACGAACCAAUAUCGAAUUCGUAUCGUUUGCGAGUCCGAAAUGCCAUUGUCAAAUUUGUACUGAUUUUUAGUUCUUGUUACGUCCGUUGUGGCGCUUCUGUUCAAGAUUCCAUACAAAAUUUUACAUUGACAUUUCGGUUUGCAAACUUCGAAUUCGAUAAUGAUUUGCAAACCGAAAUGUCAUUGUCAAAUAAGUACUGAUUUUUAGUUCUCGUUACGUCCGUUUUGGGGCUGCCGUUCGUUUUUUUUUUUUUUUUUUUUUUUAUGUUAAAUUGGCAAUGCGUUUGACCACAAUCUCACCUGAUGGAAAGCGAUGAUGAGGCCUAGGAUGGUACACGCCUGCCUAGAAGAUGCCUGUUCACUCUGGCCUUGAAGAUGUCCAGGUUAUAUUGGUCCGGGAAAACAGACCUCGGCAAGGAGUUCCACUCCCUAGCCGUUCGUAUAAUGAAGGCCGAAGCAAAUCGCUUCGUGCGAAUGGGAGGAACUUCGACAACAUAAGGGUGGAAGCCCUCACCGCGCCUGGUCGUCCGGUUGUGGAAAGGGGAAGGGGGGAUCAAAUUAUGUAAUACCUCCGCACACUCUCCGAAAUGUAACCGAUAAAACACCGAAAGGCAAGCUACACGUCUUCGGUGGUCGAGGCUCUGAAGAUUAGCCUCAACGAGAGCGUCAUUGCCUAUGAGUCUCUUCGCACGGUGUUCCACCGAGUCCAGUGCAUCCAGCUGAUACCGAGCAGACAAAAUUUGACAAUGACAUUUCGCCCUCGCAAACUAUUUGAAUUCGUUAAUGAUUUGUGCUAAGGGUACAACGCAGCGCGUGAGUGGGGCGGCUAGUCCGCGUCACUUGAUAACCGACUGCAGAUGCUCUUUUUCUCUUAGCGUAGACAGAGAAACCAAUAGGCCAGGAACUGCGUAACCGCGUUUGAGAUAGCAAUAUUUCUCACAAGUGCUGCCACUUUAUGUUUUCAUCGUUGCAAGACAAAUAACAUUUAAAUAUUUAUUACAAUAAAAUUGUUUAAUUAUUAUUUCGACCGUUACAUGAACUUUAGUUAUUUCAUAUUAAAAACGUGGCAAACAGGCAUAUGGCCUGCCUGAUAGUAAGCGGCCGCAUAGGCUAUGGUGGCCUAUAGAUUGGUUUUAGUGGUGUAUAAGCGUCGACGCUUGCAAUACCAAAAUAUCGCUUUAUAAUGCGAUUCAACUAAGAAUAGCACCGACUGGGCGCCAUAUUGUGACGUCAUAGCUGUCAAUUCAAACCAAAUAGGUAGAGUGAGCAAAAAAGUUUUUAUUGAGACUUUUUGGCUGGAUCGGAAAGCGAUAGUAGCAGUUUUGUUCUUGUUAAAAAUUGUGUUGUGACGGAUGUUAGUGUCUAAUAAUGGUGGAUUUUAAUCACUAAGUGUUCGGAAACAUGCACAAGUGUUGGCAUGUCAAACAAAAUAGCGGAAAGUGUCUUUAGACGUUCCCUCAAGAAGUCCACGGGGAGGUUCCAGUAAAUCCCCACACAUUUACUGAAACAUAGGGAAAGAGGGAUUGACUUGACUGCCACUUACCUUGACUUGAUUUAUUACUUUGACCACGAGUGCUAUAGAAUUUGUAAACAUUUUUAACACUUGACAUUGGCUAAAUGCACAAGCCGUGCGAGCCAUUUAGGAAAAAAAAGUUUUUAUGUAAUAAAACUUAUUUACUAAGAUUAAGUGACAAAAAACAUCAUUCUUUUUAAUAAAAUUUUAUUUAUUAUACCUUAUUGAACAAAAAACAACCGAUUUUAUAUAAUAUUUAUUUAUUAAGACUGUUUAAGAAAUAACAUUAAUCAGAAUCUAGCUCUUCAAUUCCGCUUAUCUCUGCAUUACCGCUGGAGUAGAUAUGAAUAAACAUGCAAUAUUACUAGGUAACAUACAUCCUUUAUGUAAACGAAACUUAUAAAUCGAGUUUCUGAGCGCAACUUAAGUCACAUUUGGUUGACGAUUUAGCUUAUGAACUAUUCAUAGCCAAAACUCAAUAAAAGAAAAAAAAACAAUAUUAAUUAUUAAUAUUUGUUAUUGUUUGUUUACAAAUGUUUGAUGUUUAUUCUAGAAUUAGCCGAGUGCUAAAAAAGGGUCCAAGAUGUUUUUGCAAACCGUACUUUUCAAGCGACAUUUGACAGAUUGCAUUGAGGUCAUUGGCUUUCCUAUUCUUAUUUGAAUCGGACUAUACUUAGGUACUUGACUCUUUAUCACUUUAUUCUUUAUCACACCGUUGCCAACCCUGGCCCAAUCCCGUACCCCGCUGAGCCUUGGAAACUUAAGGUGAACGCGGACUUGCGCAAUACCUGAAACGACCGAACUCCUUAAGCCGCAGCUGAUGACCUCACCAACGCCGGCCCGCACGAGCGCACACUGCGGCUCGCUAGCCAGCGCGGAUAACGUCAUUCGCAUCAACUGAAUGAAAGAAAUCAAGUGCGAUGCGUGCGGCGACGGGAACGACUGCAGUGACUGCGGUGCGGAUAGAUGUGCGAGGCCAUUAACACAAAGCGAUGAAUGCGGGGACUGCGGUGCGGCCAAGUAUGCGUUCACCUUUAUUCACCGCCAGUACACUACACUCAUAUUUGUUACCAACAAAUCCGGUUGUGUAUAAGUAAACACACACAGAAUUUUCGAUAAUAGGUACUAUCGAUUCGAUUGGAUUAGUAUCUUUGAAAAAUAAAACAAAUCAAAAGGAUAUUUAUUUAAUCCUUAUGAUUCUUAGUAAUAAAAUAUUAAGCUUUUUUAUGUGGAGGGGAGGGGUUAAAAACAGUGUUACGUAAUAAAUGAGCCCCUUUUAAAGUAAAUUAUAAUAUUGGUCAGCAUUCUUUUUUAAAAGCUGUCGUUUAGCUUGUAGUACUGCUUUUAACUUUUUAAGUUGGUUUUGAGCAAUAUGACCAAGUUUCUUUAUGCGUAAUUUAAAUGUUGCGUUUUUUUUAAACUUGAAAUCAUUUCAAGUUAUUGCAGUUCCAGACGCUUCUUCUAAGAUAUUUGGCCGGGCAAAAUUUGAACUUCACGGUUUUGCAGAAAGGUCAGUAGUCUGUAAAAUAAAAUUAACAAAACCUUAAAUUAUCAGAGACUGUCGAUUCUGGUAGGAUUCUCUUAAGUUAAAACUAAAUAUAACCUCAGUCUGUACUUUUUAUUUUGCAUAAAGAAUGACAGACUGUAGUCAAAUUUCAGUUUAGCUAUUAUACCAGAAUCGUCACUAAUGCCUUGAACAUUAGAUUUAAUAGUGAAUAAUUAAAUUCUGGCAGGGUUCUCUAAACCUAAACUUAAAUUUCACGACAGUGGUGUCGACUCCGGCGUGAUUCUCUAAACUUAAAACUAAAUUUAACAUCAGUCUCUCCUUUUCAUUUUGUAUAGAGAAUUACAAGAAUUACAACAAUGUUGUCAAAUUUAAGUUUAGCUUUACAGAAUCAUCUCAUAAUCGACACCAGAUUAUCCUUAAAUUUAGUUCAAACGUUAAAGAAUCCAUGUUUUAUCUUUGUCCUUUUCUGGAUAACAAACGGCCAAUAAUGCCGGCUUUGCACUUGGCUAUUUGUAAACUUGAUAACAGCCUGUCCUUAUCCUCCUUUAUCAGAAAUUAAAAGAACAGAGUUGGUUGCUUUCCAAUUACAGCAUUAUUGCGCAUUAUGCGGCAUAAUGCUUAACGUUGAGUGUUCCAACUACAGCAACGCUUCGCACAAUUGAGCACUCUCAAAAAUGAUGCCUUCGUGUGAUGCGUGCAAUGGUACCAACUUAGAGAAAGAAAAUUAACAAGUGUUUUUUCUUUAAGUUGCCUGAUCGAAAUGUUUUAUUUAUAUGUUACCGUUAGUAAUAUUAUUUAUUGUUGAAAAAUUAUUAAAGCUUUCGUUACAUUAAAUAGUUUUUUUUAAAUAAUCAAAGUUCAUUCAAACUGUUAAAAAAUAAAUAUAAGAAUGGAUGAAGGUACAAACAUUGACUUUUUUUUUCAACACUGAACUUAGCGCACUCUGCUGGUGCAUUUGAAAACUAAUUCACGUUCCAAUUAAGCAUCAGCAUAAUUAGGCAUUGUGCGGCACUGAAUCCCAUUAUGCUCUGUAAUUGGAAAGCAUACAGUGAUGCCAAGUUUACAAAUAUCACGAGAGUAACGACAACACGACAAAUAAAUGUAUUUUUGGUUUAAGUGUGAUGUAGAAAAGCAUAGUCUAAACUCAACUUAAAUUAAAAAAUCGGAACGAAAACCGAUUGUAUUGAGAUGGAUUUACAAUUGAAUAGAAUCGAUAAUGGGAAUCGUACUUGUACAGUUCGUUCCUGAACGAAAGUAAAGUUUUGAAUAAACGCAACGGAUUUUUGUAUGUUGGUUGGAUUGUUGAUUCUGACAUUUUAUUUGAAUUUGAUUUGCCUCGAAUGUUUUUUGUUUUCACACGUUAAUGUGAAAAAAAAUAGUGGCAUAUAUUACAAUCGUGGGAAUAAUAAAUUCAAGAUGUGAUAUUAUUAAUUUUCUGGUAUAGUUUAAGUGAGAAGAUUGUGUUUUUAUUAAAUUGACGAAGAAAAACAGAUUGUUUACUUUAAAAAUUAUUACUGUUAUUUUGGAUAAACCAAGUACAUAGUGUAUAUUAACCAUGGAAAGCUACAAUAUUCAAGCACCUUCAAAAGCAAAAAUGGCCGAGCUUCAGGCUAUUAUGACUAAGAUGCCGUUUGAAGUGUGCUGUGUCACCGUACUGCCUGAAUUCGAGCAUCUUUCUACUGUUCCGCUAUCAAACGAUACUGUUUCACGACGAAUCCAUGAUCUGGCAAGCUACGUCAAACAAGAACUAGUUACACGUCUACAAAAUACACGAUUCGCUUUGCAAAUGGACGAGUCGACUGAUGUCGCUGGUUUGGCUAUCCUGCUGGUUAUUGUGAGAUAUCCAUAUAAAAGUUCUUUUGAAGAAGACAUGCUUAUGUGUUCAUCGCUGCUUACAAACACUACCGGGGAAGAAAUUUUUAAUAAAAUAAAUAUAUUUUUUGAAGAACAUAAUCUCAGUUGGAACAAUUGCAUUGACAUUUGUACAGAUGGGGCCAAGGCGAUGACAGGUCUCGGUUACAAAGAUUUCGUGAACUCCAAACUGUACGGUCGUGACGUCAUCUCCCUACUGCGAAUCAACGACAGGGCUUGCAAUGAAAACGUUGAAUUUCUCAGCUCUAUGCCCGCAUACGAACCGACGCCGGUCAUAACCAAAAACGGCAUAGACUACACAAACAAGGCGUACGACGAGAAAUAUGUCGAUGGUAUACUCGGACCGAAUCCACCCUUGCUGACAGAUUUGAAAAUCAGCACCCACGAAAGCUUUUUUGAUCCGACUCGGCUCAAUAAGCAGAUGAAUCUGAGGAUUCAACUCAAAAGUCAGGAUGUGGCGAAGUCUCUGAAAGCUUGGGUCUUGAAAGGAGCUUUGGCGCCGACUUCGGAUUUCUUUCAAAUAUUCAAUAAGAUCAAGUCGAAUAAUAUAACGUAUGUACGCGAGGACUUUGAUUGAAUAAAGACGUG